GGAUAUUAAAGUAAAUUUUCCGAAUAUUUUGUUUGGAGUGAAUAAGAGCAGUUUUUUUGUGCUGUAUUAAAAAUGUGAAGAAUUUCAAAAUAACUAGAUUGAGGAUUUUAACCUCUUUAAAGAAUAAUUGACCAUAAAUAUCAGAUGUCAAGUUAAAAGAAAAUCACAUUAAUGACAUACCAAAAAUUCUGUCCGUCUUUAUGCCAUUUCGAUUCAAUGAUCAAAUUAUAAAUCAUUUUGGAAAAGGCACAACAACAGAAAAAAGGGACCCAAUAGAGUGUAUACAUACUAUUUUGAAGAUGGGAACACCUAAUGUCACGUAAAUGACAUUAAAAAUGAUACGCAUAGAAAAUAGCGAAAGUGAAAAUAAAAAAAAUAAUGUCCAGAAUAAGAAAAUAGUCAUUGUCACGAUGACACCGAAUAUAAUGAAAAUUCAUUUUCUCACAGUUUAAUAUUAUUUUUUGUUAACUCAUAUCCAAAUCAUAAAAGCUCAGCAAAUAAUAAAGAAAUGAGAGAGAAAAAUCGCAUUUAAAUAAGUGAAAAAAUAAGAUAAAUUCAAAAUCGGUAAGAGAGCCUGCCGAGUCAGAUAAAGAAGAAAAUCUAUAAUUUAAAGAGAAAAAAAAACAGAAUACAAGGCUCUAACAUAUAUUAUAUAUAUAAAAUCGAAAAAAAGGCGCGUGUGGAUUCAUUGUGUUGUAAAAUAAAACGUUAGUGAUAUUUUUACAGAAAAUGAAUUUUCUCGCUAAAAUACAUUUCGGAUUAUUGUUAUUUGGAUUAUUCAGCAGAGCGGCACGAAUUUUUGAUGAAGAAAACAUACCUAUGAAACAAAUCUCUGUUACGGCGGGAUAUAAUCUUACAUUAACGUGUCCGGGCGUAAAUGAGCACUCGCUAAUCGACACACUUGUAUGGAAGAAAUCUCAACAGACAUUAUUAAAGUUUGUAAAUGGAUUGCCAAUGGUUAAUAACCUAAGAAUAAGCCUGUUGACUGAUAAUUAUAGUUUAUAUUUCAACAAAACCGUAUCAACAGAUACGGGUGAAUAUAGUUGUAUUAUAAAUGAUAGACACAGUCCUGAGUCAAUAAUUGACCUACUGAUUCAAGACGUACCUGCUCCACCAGAACGUCCAUUAAUCACGUAUUUUACAUCUCGUCAAGUGAAUUUAUCGUGGGCUCAUUUACAGGACUCAAGAAAUGAUCCUGUCAUAGAUUUCAUCAUACAGAUAAGGGUUGGCGAAAAUGGUGCCUGGGAUGAGUGGCCAGAAGUUCACACAAAUGGCAGUGAAGCAUCAUAUGUCGUACGAAAAUUACUGCCAUUCACUGUUUAUAGUUUUCGUAUUUUAGCAGUAAAUAAGUUAGGCAUUAGUUUACCAUCGAAGGAAUCGUAUUACAUCUGUACAUUACGUGAAGCACCAGUGGGCAAGCCAACAACAACUGUAGCACAUAACACAUCAUCAACAUCAGUGAGGAUAUCAUGGAAGCCGCCUACACUCGACACAAUACAUGGCGAAUUUCUCGGAUAUAGAAUCACUUAUCGUGCUCGUGACAAACAACCAGAAGAUAUUAAAGAGAUUUAUAUAAGAGAUAGUAGUGUUGAGAGUCAUGAAAUAACAAAUCUCGAGACAUUUACACAAUACUUGGUGUCGGUACAAGUCUUCAACCCUGAGGGUCCUGGACCAUCAAGCACUGUACUCAUUAUGACUGAUGAGGGCGUUCCGUCAAAGCCACAAAAUGUUCGAGUUCUCGACAUAACAUCAACGACAAUAAAAAUAUCAUGGCACGAACCAGAGCGUCCAAAUGGUGUCAUUCAUGCAUACCGAGUGUACUAUGUAUUUCUAAAUCAAACGCUCUUGCAUCUGCCAAUGCUCAAGAAUGAUGCUUCCGUUGGAUCUCCAUUUCAUUAUACAUUAAUUAAUUUGAAACCAUACACAGAAUAUAAGAUAAUAGUUAUAGCAUUUACACUCAAAUAUGAUGGCGAACCAUCAGAUCCAGUGAUACAACGAACAGACAUUGCCGGACCGAGUGCACCGCAAAUAAUUAAUUUAACAUGCCAUUCACAGGAUGCGAUCUUUUUGCAAUGGCGACGACCGACGUCGUUCUAUAAUUCGAUAGACUUUUAUGUGAUAAAUUAUAAAGAGAACUCAUAUAGCAACUAUCAGCAAAUACAACUUAAUACAUCGUCAUCAUAUCCAGAAACGGCGAUAAUUAUUCAAAAUCUCACAACAUACAAUGUCUACACAGUAAAUGUGCAAGCAGCAAGUUCGAGUAUCAUCAAUCCACGUCGCAUACUGCUCGGAUCACAUUCAGCAUCUCGUAAAAUAACAUUGCAACCGAAUUGCGAAACAAUUCAACCAUUAUUGAGGCAAUCAACGAAUGAAUAUGACAUUCCAAUUCUAGCAGCAAUAGUGGGAAGCUUUGGCUUCAUAUUUUUCGUACUGUUAAUUAUCCUAUGGAGAAAAUGCUGCAGCUCGUCCAACUACCGAGAGCCAUCAUCUCCUCAACAAACAAAUCAACCACAGACUGUUAUCAUCAAUUGGGAGGCAAAUGGUGUUGAAAAAAAUGAGACAAUUCAUACUAAUGGCGGACUUAAUGGAUAUAAUCAUUCGAAAAAUGUGUAGCAUAACCCAUUCGUGUAGAUUAGUCAUUAGUAAUUUUUUCUAUGGAGAGGCAAUAUGUCAAUUUGAUUUGAGACUUUUAAGAUUUUAUUUUUUGAUGUGAUGUAAGACUGACUUUAAUGUUGAUAGAUACAAGUGCAUAAGAGUGACGGAUGUUUUAAAAGCUUUCUGAAAAUAAAAAUAAAACUAAAACUAGUUGUGAAGCUCGUAAGUUGAAAAUUUUGUGAGGGUAUUUUUAUGGCUUAAUAUGUGAUGUAGAUAACUUUGGAUAGGCUGUCUAUUGAAUAGACAAAUAGGCUGAGAGACAGUCUAACUGACUAAUCGACAGUAGGGUAGACUGACUUAUAUUGGAACUACAGUUAUGAAGUUGGUAAGACAAACUUAAGGAGACGCAGAUAGACUGACUGACAAUACACGGAUAUAUGUGACUUCUUCUCUUUGGAAUAAAACACAAUUAAAAUACAACCGUUGCAGAAUAAUCCGAGUAAUCCAUUAAAUCAAGCAUAAAAUCCCUCUUCAUGCAAUGAAUUAUCCAUAAAAAUUUCAAUGGAUUUAAAAUCUUUAAAUCUCAAAUUAAAAAGACAUAAAUAAAACUCACAUACGAGAGCACAAAAUCGAGUCUGUUGAUAUUCACAUUCCUCCAUCCAAUCCUUGAUUUUUCUCUGUACAUACCGAUGUACAUAAAAAAAAAUUUGUAAAUAUAAAAUGACGUAAAAAAGACAUUGUGUAAAUAUGUUUUUGUUUCUCACUCACUCUCUCAUUAAAUGGAUGUAAACGCGGUAGAAUGAAAUCAUUUAAAGCGUCGUCGUCGCUUUAACGAACCGUUAAAAUGUGAAAUAAUGUGUGCAUUAUUAAUAAUAUGGAGAAUGGAGUCAUCACAUGUAAAAAAUAACAUUUUUUUCUAGAUUGCAAGCAUGAUUGUGUGUACGAAUGUGGGGGAGGAAAAAAAGUGAUGAUGAUUAUAAAGACAUAACAUAACGAUUUUGCCGCCAAUUAGACAGCUCAAUGAAUAUGUAAACAUAAUUAGGCUUUUAUGGAGUGCUGAACAUUGCAUUUCCACAUGAAAAACUUUUUCAUACUAUCCUCUUAUUACAUUUACAAUCAUAAUUACAUAUUUAAGCGCGUAAAAUUUCACACAAAAAAACGCCAAACAGCCCCAAAUCCACCCACACACAGUUCUCUUUCCAUAACCUGAAUACUUGAUACAAUCAAGUUCUUCAAAUCAGCGGCAUUUUGAUGUGCUUUAAGUGUUUAACAAAAUAAGUGAAAAAAAACGUGAGCGACGAAGAAAAAAAAUUUCUAUUGAGUGAAAAUAAUUUUUCAUUCGAUUCUAUUAAUUUUCUAUGGUUUUCAUUUUUUAUACAAAUAUUGAUUUUUUCCAUCACAAUUGCUUUUACCUCUUCAAUUUCUUUCCAUUCUGUGCCGAAAUUUUCCUUUUUUCAGAGUUGGCAAAUUUGAUGGAAGAUAAGAAUGAUUUGAUGAUCAGUAGAUUUUUAUUAUUAAAUCAGUGUGAGCAUUAAUUCUGUCUUUGUGACUUAAAAACUUAUAUUUUAUAACACCCCUAACCCCCCCGCCAACCUAUCAUUCCAAAGAAAUUCAAAUUGUGUUUUAAAAAGAUUAGAAAUUAAUAAGAAUCGAGGAACCAAAUUAAAAAUGUACCACGACAUGCUCAAAGACCCCCAACUCUGAAAAAUAUUCUUGUAGAUCCAAAAGCUUUUUUAUUAUUUCGAUACCUAUUUCUCUUAUUAUCCUUCUUUCUCACCCCUACACACCUCUUUCCUUCCGAUAGACGAAAAAUCAUUUCCUAUUCUUAAAAUAUUCUCAAUACAGAAUAAUAAAGAAAAACGGAAGAAAGAAAAACUCAAUCAAAAACAUAUUUUUUAAGGAAGACAUAAAAAAGUUUUUUGUGAAAAUGAAAAAAAAAAUUGUAAAUGCUCAGAAGAAAAGGACGAAAAAUAAUAUAUUAAAUUCUUUUUUUAUUCUGUAAAUAAAAC